AUGGUGAAAAAUGAAUUUGAAAAAAUUCCGGAAAGCGUACUUAUCAACGUGUUGAAUAGAAUUUCGAAUCUCUUCUAUCCGAAAAUGUACCGUAACGAUGGAAAUCACACGAUUCCCUUGCUUCACAUCAACACUAUUAUAUUCCGUCCCAGUGAAUGGUUGCGGAGCAAAGUAUUUUGCAAAAACUCACAGUUGCGAAUGGUUCUUAUCAACUUGACCGGAAAAGAGAAACUGGAGCGAAAUAAACGACCAGUAAUGAAUGAAUUUCUAAGCAUUUAUGCUCUUGAACAAAGAAUUUUAGCACCUUUGACAAUAAUAACAUCACAAGUCAUACCGCCCUGCAGCGUUGGCACAAGCUCACCUUCGAUCAAGUUCCUAAGUGACCUUUGCGUUUCACGAAAACAUCGUCAG